GAGAUUUUUCCGAUAUGAUGCAAAGUGAAUUUGAAAUGUCGAUGAUAGGAGAAUUAAAGUUCUUCCUUGGGCUUCAAAUUAGACAAUGCAAAGAAGGGACAUUUGUGUGUCAAACGAAAUAUUGCAGGGAAUUGCUUAAGAGAUUCGAUGUUACCGAAUCCAAAUCCAUUGACACACCGAUGAGCACCUCUUGCUAUCUCGACAAGGACGAAAAAGGUAAAGAGGUAGACAUAAGGAAUUUGAGCGUCGGAGGCGCGAUAAAAUCUUUUUUGCAGGGCUUUUAUUUCAGCCUCCUUCAAUCUCCUCUCCGAUUUCCUCAACAAUUUUAUCACCAAUCUGUUCAAUUUUUUUUACCAAAAUUCAUCAAUUUCAAAGAGGGAAGAUGCCAAGGACCAAGAACGUUACCCCACGUCAAGAAACAGCGGCGGAAGAAGGGGAGCUUCCAUGGCGUCGUGAAGGAAGCAAAUACAUCCACAUUCAAACGGGGCUUGCCUUCAACACGGGAGCAUCAGUCGAGAGGUUCCACAACACCUUUCUCACAAAGGAGAUCAUCUCACCAAAGAUUGUGGAUAAGGACCUCUUCAAAUCGGCGACCUAUGCCCCGAGUCUCUUUUCGCUCAAGAAGGACACUCAGGUGCUGGUGAAGAAGACUUGCUUCAUCACGGAAGCCAAGUUCACCUGGAUUCUCUACCGCGAGGAAAACGAGCAAAAUCUGGAACUGGUCAUUCCAGACGAAGAGGAGAGAGAGAGAGAACGAAGCUGAGUCGUCUCAGGCUAGAGAGAGUCGGACCACGGAGCGUGUCACUCGUCAACGCAGGACUCGUCCGAGAGAAGAAGCACCAGAAUCUUCUUGGGUGAAGAGGAUCUUUGAUAUUCUCACCUGCAUUCGGGAUGAUGGGAUGAUGUUCGCCAGCUCAACGAGAGGAUGACUCGUAUCGAGCAAUCCCGCUCCUACCGUGGCCCGCGUCACAGCUUUAGUGGAGGG